GUGUCAUCGUCCCGCCUCUAGAUAGCAUUCAUUGGCGGUUGAAUAGCCAGAGCUAUCGCUUCCUAGAUCUUGAUACAUUUCACGGAAAAUUAUCCGAACUCUAAUGGUUCCUAUUGCUGGCUAGCCCUAUGGCCCCUCCUAGGAAACGAGCAUUGCCUGCACCCCUACCAGACGGGUUUACACUGAUCGACACUGAGAAGAAGCAAUGGAAACUGGGCAGAAUUAUUGGCCAAGGAGGUUUUGGAUUGAUCUACCUAGCUUCGCAGGACAUGGAAAUGCCUGUUGGGGAGGACUCUCAUUUUGUCAUUAAAGUGGAGUAUCAUGAGAAUGGGCCUCUGUUUUCUGAGCUCAAGUUCUAUCAGAGGGCAGCUAAACCUGAGAACAUGCAGAGGUGGAUGAGGAGCAAGACGCUGGACUUUCUGGGAAUCCCUGCAUACUGGGGAUCAGGACUGGCAGAACACAACGGAACCAGGUACAGGUUCAUGGUGAUGGACCGCCUGGGCAGUGACCUGCAGAAGGUGUGUGAGAGAAACGGUGGCAAGCUGAAGAAGCACACAGUACUACAGCUAGGACGUGUCCUGCUGGAUGUGCUUGAGUAUAUCCAUGACAAUGAGUAUGUCCAUGCAGACAUAAAGGCUGCCAACCUGAUGGUUGGUCACACAGACCCUGACAAGGUGUACCUGGCUGACUACGGCCUGUCCUACAGGUACAGCCCAGACGGCGUACACAAAGAAUACAAAGAGAACCCAAAAAAGGGACACAACGGAACCAUAGAGUACACCAGCAUAGAUGCCCACAAUGGAGUCGCUCCAUCUAGACGUGGAGACCUGGAGGUGUUGGGCUUCUGUCUGCUCCACUGGCUGUGUGGGGCGUUGCCCUGGGACUCUAUGCUCAAGAACCCUAUACAGGUCCAAGAGGCCAAGAACAGACUCAUAGGUAAUCUACCUGGCUCGGUGCAGGAGCUGUCUGUGGGUGGAGCUUGCACAGAUAAAUUGGCCAGUUUCCUGCUCAGUGUCAAAUCUCUGGGGUAUAAGGAACGUCCGGACUACCAGAGGCUAAGAGAGCUGCUGUCUGAGGGGGGACCGAGAGCGAGCGGAGGCCAGGGAAGGCUGGACCUGUCUAUGCCACGAGGAGCAAUGUCGGGGGGUUCCUCCACCAGAGGGUCUGAUUGGCCAGACAGGGGCAAGAAAGCAGGCCGCGGUAGAGGCUCAUCCAAACUAGUACCCGUAGUUGUGGAGGAUGAGGAGAGUGAUGAAGAGGAUUUGGAGUUGGAUGAAGCGAGGCCCAAACCUGUACCACCCAAGGGCGUAAAGAAAGCGGGGCGGGCUAAACCUGCAACUAGAGGGGCCUCCAAACCAAAUCCUGUAUAUGUGGAGGAUGACAGUGAUGAAGAAAAGAUGGAGAUUGAAGAGGGGAGACCCAAACCUGUACCAUCUCGUUACAUUAGGGGACCACCUGUAUCCAACCCCCAGUCAGAACAUGGGAAAGCAGGACGAGCUAGAGGGUCGUCCAAACCAAGGUCUGUAUAUGUGGAGGAUGACAAGAGUGAGAAAGAGGAGGAGAUGGAGAGACCCAGACCUGUGCCGUCUCAAUACAUCAGGGGACCAUUCAAGCCCCAGCCAGAACAGGCGAAAACAUCAACACAAACCAAACGUCGCGUCAGGAAAAUAGUUGCUGAUGACGGCGUUGUUGUGACCUCAAGACCACAAGUCAACCAUAGACCCAGAGAAAGUACAACCCCUACAAAAAGCAAAUUGGGUCAAACACAUGAUGAUCAGUGGGAGGACCACAGUCAGACACACUGGGAAAAACAUCUGUACAAAGAGGAUGGUUCAGAGAACUUCAACCAUGAUCACCAGUGUGGGGGUAAAAGUCAGAAGCACAAUCCCCCAGAAUCUGACCACUGGGAAAAUCCCCUCCACAUAUAUGACCGUGGUGAGUGGGAGGAAUACAGCCACAAAGACCACGACCAGAGAGCAGAGCCUUCUCCCAAACAGAGGAGUGUCUGUAAUGUCACACUGUACUGUAGUGCCUUAGUGGUGGUCUUAUUCCUGUCCCUGGCCUUUCUAUUCACUCUGGCUGACAGUCCUGAAUGAUGACUUGGUGCUGUUUUCCUGCUACUCUGAUCUUUUUUGUUGUUUCCUAUUCAUCAUGCCUAUUUUAGGUUUGCAUCAUCCCCAACUCUUACUCCAGUUCGCUACAGUGUCAUGACAUGAGUGAGACCAUAUACAUUAGAUGAGAUGUAUUGUACAUUAGAUGUGAGUGUAUUUGCUGAGGCUCAUGUUAAACCAUAUAGCUCUAUGCCCAGGCUUCAGUCAGCUCUCAGGGUUUCUGGGUGGACAUCUUCACUGUGAUGGGCUGUAAACAACAAAAGUAAAAAUGUCAAAACAGGCUCGCUGUAUCAAUUACUAAAAAAACAAACAAACUUGAUUGUGACUUAUUGUGAUUUGCAACUGCACCUCUGGGGAUUUUCUAUAGGCUUACAGUGUAGUGUGUUGAUUUAUGUGUGACUGUUGUUUUGUACUAACCAAGGACAUGGUACCUCCACACUACUAAAUGUGACCUGCUGAAUUCAAUGUACUUAUUGUACAUAAACAGCGCUCUAUAUUACCUUUUGAAACUUUA